GAGACCGAGUGAGACCUCCUACUUCUUUUUUUUUAUCUCCGUGUUAGCUAAACAGCAUGACCUGCGUGCGAGUCCCAAUGACAGGCAUUUGGAUUCUACUAUGGUGAAAGUUAAUUUCAUAUUGCACUCUUUUAUUUAACGGCAGUGGGUUAAACAAGACGUCUGUGAAGAUGCCAGCAGGUGUGUCUUGGCCCCGUUACCUGAGGAUGUUAGGGGCCAGUAUGCUGGCCAUGUUUGCGGGGGCACAGGCCGUCCACCAGUACUACCUACCCGAUCUGAGUAUACCAGAGCUCCCGCCGAAGCCCGGGGAGCUUAAGACAGAACUGCUUGGCUACAAAGUCAGAGAGGAAGCUACUGCUGCGUUACAGCAGUUUAAAGCAGAACAAAAGGUGGACUAAUGUGGAAUUCUACGUCCUCUGUCUGAUGGACACACACUUUAUUGGUCCAGCAGCGACAGGACAUCUAAAAAUGGAUCUUGGUGUUUGCUUUCAAUGAAGCAAACACAAUCGCGAUAAGGGAUCCUACGGGGAUCGAGAUCAUCUGGUUUAUUCAGCCACUGGUAUCCGUAUCUUCAUUUUUCUAAUGCAUUCAUAUCUUCAGAUCAAGCGGUGAAGUAAGGUAAUGCUUCAUGAACACGUGAACUGACAUGAUUUGAUAAUUCUAUCAAAAGUGUAUCUUUUGAUUGUUCUCUCCUCUAGGAGACGCUUUUCUCUGAAAUAAAGAUAUCACACUAA